UCUACAUUUAGAUCUCAAGUCAAUAGAAACAAGAUUGUGAUUCCUGGAUAUUGAAUUAUCCAACGGAAAUACGUUUCGAGUUCCAGUUGCUGUAUUCGAAACUGGACAAGCUGUCCCAUUUUCAUGAUCGAGCUGACUGUUCACUGAAGUACGCUGGAGUCAACCCAGAACCUCGUGUCUCCGGCCGUGCUACCGCUGUUCGCCGCUGCCGCUCAGAAUCACCAUCCGGGGUCACCGGACCUGAGUGGACCAGCACCGCCUUGGGCCGCUUGUGGGACCCUGGCCUUCCCUUCAGCGGCUGUGCUACUCCCCAGGCUAGGCACGCACAUGGUACAGACGCAACUACCAAUGUCGUACCAGUACGGCGGAAGUCAGCAACAGCAGCAAAAUGGUGUGGACCAUUCCAUUCAAAUGAGGAACGACGGGGGAGCGCUCAAAGAUACCUCAUUUAGUGUUCCAAUCAUCACCAGCAAUGGUGUGGAGCAACAAACGCAAACAGACUUAGAUUCAGAUGGGCUAGUGUCGGGCAGUGGUCAGGCCUCUACACAGACGGUCAUUUCGGAUGCUUCAAAAAUGAACCAGCCAAAGAGACUUCAUGUCAGCAACAUACCUUUCAGGUUCAGAGACCCAGAUCUCAGACAAUUAUUCGGUCAAUAUGGUCCGAUAUUAGAUGUAGAAAUAAUUUUUAAUGAAAGAGGUUCAAAGGGUUUCGGUUUUGUAACAUUCGCAAAUAGCCUCGAUGCUGAUAGAGCACGUGACCAAUUGAACGGCACGGUGGUAGAGGGACGGAAAAUCGAGGUGAAUAAUGCAACUGCAAGAGUUCAAACAAAAAAACUUCCCACAAUUCCUAAUGGUAAGGCGAAAACAACCAUUGAUGAAAUGGCCGCUCUUCGAGGGGUCGCCUUACAGAGAGGGAGAGCGAGAGGUGCUUUUGCUACAGCGUUUGCUCGACAUCCCUCCCCACUGACAGCUGCAGCUGCAGCUACAGCUCUGCACGGAUAUACACCAUUAAUGUUACACCGCGGAGUGUACCAAGAUCCAUUCCUUGCAUACGCAGGUGCUGAACGUUAUCAACUUCCGGCAUCGUACGCGGCAAGUGCUGCUUACACAGCUGCGGCUGCAAGAAGUUAUGCAGCUGCCGCUGCUGCUGCUCAACCAGUCGCUUCAUAUGCUGCAGUUGCUGGAUCUCCAUCAUUGUAUUACAGCUAUGGGAGGGAAUACGCAGACCCAUACCUAGGCCAUAGCAUAGGCCCGGUGGCUGGAUAUGGGGCUGCCGUGUACCGAAGUGGUUACAGCCGAUUCGCACCGUACUAGUAGCUGACAGGAGACCAAUACUGGCUAUUCUGUGAUCCAGCCUGAUCUAGUACAGCCUAGUACUUCCGCCUAUACUUACAACAAGAAAGAAAUGACCAGCUUCAACACCGAAUACUAUGGUCUGUAAUGCUACGUAUUCCAUGGCAUAGAUACGGCUCAAGUUUUCUUGCAGUUUAUAUGACUACCACUACAGAGGACUAAUAUAUAUUGAGUGUAACGCUCUUUGAACACUUACAAUUUGAUUUAAUCUUAUCAUCUUAAAUCAAAUAAUCCAUUGGGUGUCACUUAAGUAUAAUGUCUCUUGUUUCUGUAUUUCUGUGCAUCAAGUAGAGUCUCAGCUAUGAGUAAAAACUGAUAAAAUCAUGGAUUAUGAGUAAGUAUUAUCAGUUACAAAUAACUGAUCACUCGGAUCAUGUUUGAAACUUCAUUUAUUUCAUUUUCUUUAACAUUUUAAAUAUAAAUGUUAAUUUUAUUUAAUAUCAUACUAAAUUAUUAUUUUGAAUGUGUAUACAUGUUGAAUAUCACUUCUUGAUACAUUACUCCGAGGCUCUAUCUGUUUUUAACUUCCGUUGUUUUCGCAUUUCUGUAUCAAGUAGAGUCUUAACUGUAAGUAAAAACUGAUAAAAUCAUGGAUUAUGAUCAGUUACAAAUAACUGAUCACUCAGAUCAUAUUUAAAAUCUCUUUUGUUUAAUUUUUUAACAUUUUAAAUAUAAAUGUUAAUUUCCUUUAGUGUUAUACUAAAUUAUUAUUUUUUAAUAUUUUGAAUAUGUGUAAAUAUUUAAUAUCACUUUUUAACAUAUUGCUCUGAGGCUCUAACUAUUUCUGAAUUCCGUUAUUUCCGCAUUUCUUUGCACCAAGUCGAGUCUCAGCUGUAAAUAAAAACUGAUAAAAUUAUGGUUUAUAAAUCAUUAUAAUCAGUUAUAAAUA